GUCAGAAAACUCUUCUUACAUACGUGGAAUAACGUACAAAUUUUUACAUACGUGGAAUAACGUGCAAAUUCUUACAUACGUGGAAUAACGUAUCUGUAACGCGCACCCAUUCGUGUUCGGUCUUAACAUUAUUAUACACAUAUGUAUAUAAUAAUUGAAACGAAAGAGAAAUUCUACUUUUUGCAAUAUUUCCUGUAAGGUCAAUACAUUAAGAAAAUGUGUGGAAUUUGGGCUCUCUUUGGUUUAGAUGUGCCAUCUUUAACUCAUAUUUGCAAAAACUUUGAGCAGAUAACACAUCGUGGUCCAGAAGCAUUCAAACUUGAAUUUGACCAUGCAGUUAAAAAUGGUUACCUUGGGUUUCAUAGAUUAGCAAUUGUUGACAAUCUUCAAGGAAUGCAACCAAUGAGGCUUUAUCAAUACCCACAUUUAUUUCUAUUAUGUAAUGGUGAAAUUUAUAAUUACCAGAAACUUGGUACAGAACAUGGAUUUACAUAUACCACUCACUGCGACAUAGAGGUGAUAAUACAUUUAUAUGUACAUUUUGGUAGUGAAAAUGUGGCAAGAAUGCUCGAUGGUGUUUUUGCAUUUUGUUUAAUGGACAUUAAAAAUAGAAGAAUUCUUAUUGGUAGAGAUCCCUAUGGUGUUAGACCUCUUUUCCAAUUACAGUCUGAUGAUGGACAACUUGGAAUUUGUUCAGAAAGCAAAGGACUUAUGGAUAUAACUAAACAAAUGACAUCAAAGUGGGCACUGAAACCAUUUCAACCAGGAAGUUAUGAAGAAUAUGAAAUUUUGAAUGAUGGUAGAACGAAAUUAUUAACAAAAGUAAAUUAUUAUCAACCUGGAGAUAAGGCUCAUUUUUCAGCAUUUGUUCCUUAUAAUAAUUUGAGUAGCACAGAUGUGCAUGGAAAUAUAAGAAAGUUACUUUCAGCUGCUGUGAAGAAAAGAUUAAUGACUGACAGAGAAGUUGGUUGUUUAUUAUCAGGUGGUUUAGAUUCCAGUUUAAUUGCUGCUUUGCUUGUAAAACAUGCAAAGGAGGCAAAUUUACCAUACAAAAUAAAAAGUUUUGCAAUUGGUAUGGGAGACAGUCCAGAUAUUAUUGCAGCUAGACAGGUCGCAGAACAUAUAGGAACAGAACAUCAUGAAGUAAUAUUUUCCGAAAAGGAUGUAGUUGAUAUUUUGGAUAAACUCAUUUAUCAAUUAGAAACCUGUGAUAUUACUACAAUUCGAGCUUCUAUUGGUAUGUAUCUUAUUUCAAGAUACAUAAAAAAUAACACAAAAACGACUGUAAUAUUUAGUGGAGAAGGUGCAGAUGAAUUGGCACAAGGAUAUAUUUAUUUCAGAGAUGCACCAAAUGCAAGAGAGGCUCACAAUGAGUCUGUACGAUUAUUAAAAGAUAUCUAUCUAUAUGAUAGCUUAAGAGCAGAUAGAACAACUAGUGCAUUUAGUUUGGAGUUACGAGUGCCAUUCUUAGAUAUCCAAUUCACAAAUUAUUACCUAUCAUUAGAUGCUGCUUCUAGACAACCUCAAAGAGGAACUGAAAAAUAUUUAUUAAGAUCCGCAUUUGAUAAUACAAAUCUGUUACCAUCAAAUAUAUUAUGGAGACAUAAAGAAGCUUUCAGUGAUGGAGUAACAUCGAUUAAGAAAUCAUUAUUCCAUAUCAUACACGAUAUUGUGGAUGCUCAUGUAUCAAAUGAAGAACUAGAAAAAGCUUAUUUAAAAUUUCCUCAUUGUCCUCCAAAAACUAAAGAAGCUCUUUAUUACAGAAAAGUUUUUGAAAAACACUAUGAAGGACAAGUUGAAAAUUUUGUGCCAUACUUUUGGAUGCCACGAUGGACGAAAGGAAUUUCUGAUCCAUCUGCAAGAUUUAUUACACAUUAUAAAGCAGAUGUAAAAAAUAAUCACAAUGAAAAUGAAGCCGCAAUUAAAACUGCAAAAGAUAAUUCAUCAAUCUGAAUAUGCACAGAUUUUUAACUAUUGUAUAAAUUAAAUAAAAAGCAGUUUCUAUGUUUUUGUGAUGCAAUAAUAUAAAUGAAUAAUUCAUUGGGAUAAUAAAAUGUUUAUAUAAAUAAA